UUAUCUGUGAGUGCGUGCAGUAAAAUGGCAGGAACUAGUAUUUCUUUAGCUCAGGAUGAGUUCAGCUGUUCAAUUUGUCUUGAUUUACUGAAGGAUCCAGUGACCCUUACCUGUGGACACAGUUACUGUAUGAGCUGUAUUACAGACUGCUGGGAUCAGAAGGGAGUCUACAGCUGUCCUCAGUGCAGACAGACCUUCACUCCAAGACCUGCUUUAGGUAAAAACACCAUGCUGGCUGAAGUGGUGGAGAAACUCAAGAAGACAAAACGUCAAGCUGCUCGUCCGGCUCAGUGUUACUCUGGAUCUGGAGAUGUGGAGUGUGAUGUCUGUACUGGGGACAAAAACAAAGCCAUCAAGUCCUGUCUGGUGUGUCUGGAAUCUUACUGUCAGACUCAUUUUAAACUUCAUGAAGAAUUUCACUCUGGAAAGCGACACAAAUUGACUGAUGCCACUGGACAACUACAGGAGAUGAUCUGUCCUCAACAUGAUAAACUGCUGGAGAUUUUCUGUCGUACAGAUCAGCACUGUAUAUGUUAUCUUUGUAUGUUGGAUGAACACAAAAAUCAUGACACUGUAUCAGCUGCAGCAGAGAGGACUGAGAAACAGAGACAAUUGGGUGAAAUUCAGAGAAUAUACCAGCAGAGAAUCCAGGAGAGACAGAAGGAGCUUGAGGAGCUGAGAAAGGCUAUAGAGUCCCACAAGCGCUCUGCACAGACAGCAGUGGAGGACAGUGAGAGGAUCUUUACUGAUCUGAUCCGCUGCAUUGAGAGAAGCCGCUCUGAGGUGACACAGCUGAUCAGAGAUCAGGAAAAGGCUGAAGUGAGUCGAGCUGAAGAACAACUGAAGCGACUGGAGCAGGAGAUUGAAGAUCUGAGGAGGAGAGACGCUGAGCUGGAGCAGCUUUCACACACAGACGAUCACAUCCAUUUUCUCCAGAGUUUCCAGUCUCCGUCUAUUGCUCCUGAAUCUACAGACUCACAAAGCAUCACUGUCAGUUCUCAUCUGUUUUUUGAUGAUAUUAAUAAAUCUGUGACACAUCUAAGAGAAAAACUUGAACAUUUCUGCAGAGAGGAGAUAGAAAAGAUUCACGGUAAAGCAAAAUAUAUUGAGAUCAUUCCCACCCCUGAAUGCAAGACAAGGGACGAGUUUCUACAGUAUUUCUUCCAGUUCACAGUGGAUUCAAACACGGUACAUAAAAACCUCCGUCUGUCUAAGGGGAACAGAUUGAUUAAAUACACUUCUAAAAAACAGAGGUAUCCUGAUCAUCCAGACAGAUUUGAUACUGUGGAACAGGCAUUGUGUGAAGAGAGAGUGUGUGGACGCUGUUACUGGGAGGUUGAGUGGAGUGGUAAGGUGGAUAUAUCAGUGUCAUAUAAGAGCAUCAGCAGGAAGGGACGGGAUGAUGAUGAUGAUGACAACAAUGACAAUUGUGACACAUGUGAGUUUGGACAUAAUGAUCAGUCCUGGUGUUUGUACUGCCCUGCCUCUCAUUGCUCAUUCUGGCACAAUACCAAAAGGACUAAACUCCCUAGAGUCUCCUCCUCUAGAGUAGGGGUGUAUGUGGAUCACGGUGCAGGAACUCUGUCCUUCUACAGCGUCUCUGACACAGUGACCCUCAUUCACAGAGUCCAGACCACAUUCACUCAGCCUCUCUAUCCUGGGUUUGGGAUUUAUGAUAACUCAGUUGUCAAACUGUGUGAGGUAUCAAAAUAGGAAACAUACAGUAGAUUGUGCAAAUAAUAAUGUCAUACAGAUAUAUUGAUUUAUUGUCAUCAAUACUACAGCUUAACUUAUGCUAUUAAAAGAAAGUUAAUUAGAUAUUAUUGGAGGUAAAAUAUUUAAUCAGAUUCAUUCCUCAAUGAGGAAUAAGGUGACAAUACAUUGGGUAUAUUAUUAAAAGGACAAAAUAUCUGUUUUGAUGAGAAAGGAACUGAAGUUCUUUGUCAUGUGAAUUCUGCUUGUUUAUUGCUUUGUUUCAUAUGCAUUCAUAGUUCCUACAGAGUUACCAUAAUGCUGGAAAAAAAAGAAAAACAUUCAUAGAAUUCGUAAUGUUUUCAAUAUUUAUAAUAGGAACUGUACUGGUUUUAAUUGAAACUGUAAUUGUCCCUGUGAGUCUCCAAUGGGUAUGUGUUGCCUUCUAUUGGCAUGUUAAAACAACUAAAUCUGAAUAUAAUAUAUUACACAUGGUUAUGGUUUUGGCUUUGUCAAGCCAACGUCAAAGUUUGUCCUGUCCUGAUUGUAGUUUCAAUAAAGA